UUAAAAAAAUAUAUAUAUAUAUAUAUUAUUUUUUUGUUGUUGUUGCAGUCGCCCCUCCCCUCAGCGAGCGUUUUACCCUAUCUGGUGGCGGUCCUCAUUUGUAAUUCCUGCACUCUCUUGCCAGAGAGUGUUCGCAGUUGUACAUUGUACCCCGUGCCCAACGAAUGGGUGGACUUUUACCGUAAGAGCGAACGAACCAGACGGAAUGUGAGAGCUGGAGAGCUUUGUCGGAGACGUCGAACAGGGACACCUGACGCGACAGUCUCAAGCGCCCUGCGUUCUUUUGCGUAUGUAGCCUAUGUUUAAAACCUGUUCUACCGCAAAAGGCUGUAGGAAUGUGGGAUAUAUGUCAACGUAAAAGAACCCAUGUUUCCUUGACAACAUGACGACAGAUCUGAGCCUGACGUCCCUCCUGAAUGUGUCUGAUCUCCACAACGUGACACGAGGGGGAUGUUCCUUGACCAGAACAGGAUUCCAGUUCUACUAUCUACCCACUGUGUACAUCCUGGUGUUCAUCACCGGCCUGGUGGGGAACAGUCUGGCCAUCUGGAUGUUUAUCUGCCACAUGAGACCCUGGAGCAGCAUCUCUGUGUACAUGUUUAACCUGGCUCUGGCUGACUUCUGCUACGUCCUCUCCUUGCCCUUCCUCAUCUUCUACUACUUUAACAAGACAGACUGGAUAUUCGGGGACAUUCUCUGCCGACUGCAGAGGUUUAUAUUCCAUGUCAAUCUGUACAGCAGCAUCCUGUUCUUGACCUGUAUCAGUGUCCACAGGUACACAGGAGUGGUCCAUCCGCUCAAGUCUCUGGGAAAGCUCAAGAAGAAGAACGCCGUCCUGACCAGCGCCCUGGUCUGGGUCGUGGUCAUAGCGGGGAUCUCUCCCAUCCUCUACUACUCUCGGACGGGGCAGAAACGGAACGCCACCACUUGCUACGACACGACCACGGAGGAUGAGCUGCCGGGUUACUUUAUCUAUAGCAUGUGUUUGACCGUGUUCGGCUUCUGUAUCCCCUUCAUUCUCAUCCUGGGUUGCUAUGGGAUGAUCGUCAAGGAGCUGAUCUGUAACGACAUGAACAACGCCCCGUUACGGCGUAAAUCCAUCCACCUGGUGAUUAUCGUGCUGGCCGUGUUUGCUGUGUCCUACCUGCCCUUUCACGUGAUGAAGAACCUAAACAUGCGCGCCAGGCUGUACUUCCAGGUCCCGGACAUGUGUGACUUUAAUAACUGCGUUUACGCCACCUACCAGGUGACGCGGGGGCUGGCCAGCCUCAACAGCUGCGUGGACCCGGUCCUCUACUUCCUGGCUGGUGACACAUUCAGGAGGAAGUUCUCCAGAGCUACUAAAAAACAAUCCAAGAAGGGGGAGGAGCUCCCACUCCAGUCCAAGAGUGAAGAGACUGUGCUCAACAGCCUGCCAGAGUAUGUCAAGAACAGGGAUGGGCAGCUUUGAGACAGGGCUGGGUCUGGGUCCAGGUGGUCUCUCUGAACCUCUAUAGGGCCUUUGUGUGUGAAUUUGCUGUGAAUUGGUGCUGUGGACCUUGCAGGCUGUGUGCACUGUGGAUAGAAAGAUCUGGGUGUGAAUCGGACAAAGCUGAUGGCAAUGGGUAGUGUCUCUGUAAUGUCGUCACUACUGUAGGUAGGUACUGUAUAUUCUGAAUGUCAACUAGGUGCUCAUCCAUCUAUAACCAAACGGAAGGAGAAUGUAAUAGGUUGAGCUCCUGUAAACAAUGGUCUCUUGUUCCUCUAUCCAACCAACACGAAUGUGUUUUGUAAUGGAGAGAGGGCUGUUAGCCACCUAGCGGAUACUCCAUAAUCCCUGCCUACUAGAAUUUGGACUGUGAUGGCUAGGUGAGACACCAGGGAUGACUGAGAUACAUUUACCUAGAGUUUGGACCUUUAUUACUGCUCUGUGGAGGUUGACAUACAAAGAUUAUAAUGCACUGUGCAUGUUUUAAUUCUCAGACUUCUACAAAUUAAAUUAACCCCAAAGCUGACUGCUAUUCCCUUCUCAUUUGUUCUCUGUCCUCAUGGAUCUUUCUGUCAUCAGUGGUUCUGGUUCUGGACCCAAAUGGAAACUUUUUUUUUCCUUCUUUUUUUUUCAGUUGUGAUCCAAUAUUUGCAUCGCUAAAAAUAAUUGCAAAAAUACAAUCUGAAACUAUUUUUAAUGCUAUAUUGAUUGUGUAAAUGUAGCAAUUACUGUCUAUGACAAGGGAACAACAUUCCCACCUUGUUCAUUGUAAAUAAUGAUGAUCUUUGAUGAAGAACUUGAAACUCUUGAAACUCACUGGCUUGAGACCACAGAAUCAUCCAAAAUAGUGCUGCUAAUAGAUUUAUAUUGAAAAUAUUGUGAUUGAAGAAAAAAAUUUUCAGAGAUGAAAUUAUAAUAUUUUUUUUUAAUUCAUCAUAAUUUCUACUCACUUUUUACCAGGUUGAAGUUGUUUUUAUGAAAAAUUACUCCAGUCUGAAGUAUUAUAAUAUUUUUCACCAUGACCCACUCAAAACCUCGCACCACCCAAAUUUGGGUCGCGAUCCACCAGUUGAGAAUCGCUGUUCUGUGGCGUUACUCUGUGUGACAGCUACUUAGCUACAUUAACGCCAGCGCUUUCUUUAUGUGGUCGUUCUGUUUCAGUACUGUCACUGUAUCUCUAUGGCGUGACCUGCGUGUGUCCGCGGUCUAUUUAUUCUACAUAAUAUGAAGGGUCUAUAUACUAGUCUCAUGUGAAUAGAACACAAUACAGUAAUAUGCUGUAAUAUACUGAAUGUGUGUUGUAGGAUUACUGUACAGUACAUGGUGUCAAGCCUGGGUAUGUUUUUUAAUUUAUUUUUUAAACAAGACUCAUCCAUACUGUUAAGUUAUGAGCCCAGUGUUAUUAUCGAGAGGCAACUUACCAGUGACAAACCACGGCAGCCGUCUUCUGUCAAGUGUUGAACUGUUUAUAUGCAUGCAGAGAAGAUUGAAUGGCAGGUGACCGUAGAAUUAGAAUGAGUAGAACAGACAUACCCAUUGGAAGCAACGUUACAUGGUAUGCAAAGCAAGCUACAGCUAUAUCAAGUGUCAUUGCCAUUGUUAAAUCACAUUGGAUGAUUUUUCACCUCUCAGUGUUCUAUACACACAAAAAAUUAAAACAUGUCUGUCUUUUAGCCACCUUUUCUUAGUAGAUCAGGUGAAAAUAGCUUCUAGAACCCUGUAACUAUGUACAUUAUGUUAUUCUAGUUCUCUGGUCCGUCUUCUUCCUAGUGGAGCCAUUUUUUUUUCUGACUGAUCCUGAACUGGGCAGCAACUCUAGCAGCUCCACAGAUGUUUAUAGUAUACGGUAGUAUUGUAUGUGGAUCGACUGAUAAUUGCAUGAAAUGCAUAAGUUACAAACCCCCCCCGAUCCAUAUUAUUGGGAGAUCUGUAGACCUGAUGAGGAAGUGAAUGAUAUGAUCCUAUAUGCCUUCUAUACAUAUCCGUGAGAUCUGUACAUUUGCUGCUCAGAUCAGUGGUUCUCAUGUUGUACAGCAUUUUGUGGCGCCAGUUGUGAAUGUGUGAAUAAAUGUUUUAUAUAAAAACAUGUAAAAGUUUAUCAGAUGAAUUUGUUUUUCAAAUAUAUAUAUUUUUAAACUCUG